AUGAAUUAUUUGGAUUUUAACGAUGGUUCAGAUGAAAUAGAUCAUUCAUUAACAAAUACACAAACAACAACAACAACUACAACAAUUGUUAAUCAACAAACUAAAGAUUUAUCUGAUUGGAGAAAUAUUCAAUUAGGUACAGCAUCAACAUUAUUUGAUCGAAUAUGGAUGCCAGCAACAAUGAAUUCUUGGACAACAUCUAAUACACCAAUUUAUCCAUCUUCUUAUAAUCAACAGACAACAUCUACAUAUCCAUGGACAAAUUCAACUAAUAAUCAAUCAUGGCCAAUAACAACAUAUUCAACAAAUACAACAACAACACUUCCUUUUAUUAAUUUUGAUUCUCCACAACAAAAUUUUAUUCCUUCAGAUACAACAAAUGAUGUUAUAGAUUUAACUACAAAUAAUACAGUGAAUUCAUCAACACCGAUUAGAGGUUUUAUUCCUGUUCAACCACAUCCAUUUUCUUAUCUAACACCUCCUGUUCAUCAAUAUCGAAAUCCACUAAUACCACCACCUUCAGUGUCUCAAUCUACAACUACUGCUCCUCAACAACCAGAAGAUGAAACUGAUCUUAUUCUUGUACCUGAAAUUGAUAUUGAAGAAAUUCUUGGACAUGUUGAAGCUGUUAUACCUGAUAUUGAUCUUGAUGCAGCACGUCGUACAAUAACAGCAAUGAAUCCAAUACCUUCAACUAAUGAGAUAGUAACAAAUUUUCUUGAUAAUGGUUAUAUAAAAAAAUUAAAAAAAUCAUCUGAUCAUGAACGAAAUCUCUCAUUAAAACGUUCAUGGUUAGAAACAAUUGAUGAUAUACCAAAAUUUUUAUCAAUUUAUUCUGAUCCAAUAACAUAUUUUUUUGAUAUACAACGUAAACAAUCUGAUUUAUAUAUUAAUCAUGCUAAAGCAUUUAUUGUACGUGCUUUUCCAACAACAGAUAAAAGUAUUUUAGAACAAAUAUUACAAGAAGAAAAUUAUCAUUUUUUAUCAACUGUAAGAAAAUUAGAAAGACGUUUAAAUAUUCGUACAAAUGCAUUCUUACAACGGACUGCAAUUAGAAAAUCAUUAGAUAUGCUUGAUACUUCUAUUGGUGGUGUUGGUCGAAAACCAUCUGGAUCAUGGUUAAUUAAAAAUAAUAAAUUUAUUUAUGCAAUUCCACAUACACCAUGUGAAGAAUUCUAUGAUGAACUUCGUUUUGCUAAAAAUGAAGUUAAAAUUCGACGUUAUCUCGGUAAAGUUUCUAAAGACCAUGAAAAACGUGUAAAAAAAGCUAAAAGAGAAAAUGAAACACUUGAAUGUAAUAUAUGUUGUCGUGAAGAUUUAUUAAUUGAUGAUAUGGUUGAAUGCACAGUAGGACAUCUUUAUUGUCGUAAUUGUGUUCGAACACAUAUUGAUGUAUGUUUUAAAGAAGGCAAAUGUCGUUUUGCUUGUGUAGAAAAUUUAUGUCCAGGCGAAUAUACAAUAAGACUUGUUAGUGAACUUUUAUCACCAAAAGAUCUAAAUCGUUUAAAUAGACGAAUACAAGAAGAAAAUAUUCGACAAGCUGAAAUUGAUGGUCUUGAAUGUUGUCCAUAUUGUCCAUAUGCUGUUAUUGUUGAUAAUCCAGAUGAUAAAGUCUUUCGUUGUUUAAAUCCUGAAUGUAUGAAAGAAACUUGCAGAUUAUGUAAAGAACCUAAUCAUAUACCAUUACGAUGUCAUGAAGUUGAAAAAGGUGUUGAACUUGAAAUGCGUAAAUUUAUUGAAGAACAUGUAACAGAAUCUAUGAUACGUAAAUGUCCUCGAUGUACUCAGAGAUUUUAUAAAGUUGAAGGAUGUAAUAAAAUGACAUGUUCAUCUUGUGGUUUAUUUAUUUGUUAUGUUUGUCGUGAAACAAUAAAUGGUUAUGAUCAUUUUACAAAUAAUGAAAGAUGUACAUUAUCAAAUCAAAGUGAAAAAAUUCAUUAUGAAGAAAUGUUAGAAGCAUAUAGAAAUGCUAAAAAUGAAUAUCGUCGUUUACAUCCAGAAGCACAUGAUAUGAUACUUCGUUAUGAUCCAAUAUCACAUUUAACUAAACCACCUGUUUCAUCUACAAGUGCUAGUUGA